AUGCUUCACACUAAGAUUUUAUUUCUCCCAUUUACAAUAUUCCCCAUGUUCACCCUUGUACAAUUCUCAAUCAAUUUUUCACACUUGAAACCCAAUUUCAACUUCAAUGAUGGUGUAUACAGGACACAGCCCACUUUCUCUUUUUCUCAGUUUGACCCAAAGUUUACUUCUUUUCAUCUGGGUAGCUUCAAGUUGAGAGCAUACAGGGAAAGACGGUCCUUCUUGGGAGGUACAGUGUUUAAAAAUGGGGUUUUAUUUGAGGAGAAAGGGUGCAAGAAAAAAAAUAGAGUGGUUUUGGUGAAAAAUAAUCAAGGGUUUGGAUUCAAUAAUGGUGGUGGUGGAGGUGGUGGAAGAGAUGAUGGUGGUACUGCAAGGAUUUUGGGAAAUCUUGCUUUGGCUAUUGGGUUAACUUAUCUUUCAAUGACCGGACAACUUGGAUGGAUUUUGGAUGCUAUUUUCUCCAUUUGGAUCUUUGCAGUCUUAGUACCGAUUGUAGGUAUUGGUGCUUUCCUCUGGUGGGCAGGAAGAGAUAUAAUGAAAGGCACUUGUCCAAACUGUGGAAAUGAUUUUCAGGUUUUCAAAUCGACUUUGAAUGAGGAAUUGCAGUUGUGCCCUUUUUGCGGUCAACCUUUUUCUGUUGAUGACAAUGAGUUUGUAAAGGAAUCUGUAAAGUUUUCAAACCAAUCUACAACAUUUGGAGAAGCAUUCGACAAUUUCCCGCGUUCUAGAAAUGACGAGGAUUCUGGUAGAGCAAUUGAUGUUGAAGCUGAAAUAAAAGACGUCGAUUGA